UAUUUCCUAAUGAUUGAUAACAACGAUGCAUAUACUUACGCAAUGUUUACUCUUAAUCGCCGCAAUCUUAGUCGGUAGUGAAAGUAACAGCUGGGGUUCGUGGGACUCCCGGGGCUGCGUAGCACGCUGCAAAAAACUCGAAGAGACUCGGCAGUGUCUGGGCCGCGACCCGUCCCCAUGCUAUGGCCCAAUCCACCGAUCAAGUUAUGCGAAUGUAUGCUUGAGCCGAUCGGUACCGGAUUAUAAAUACCAACAGCUUCAGGAAGAGCUGUACGGUCUCGUACAACAUCCGCUUUUAACACGCGUCCACGAAGACGGGCAUCUUAAGUUGACGGUGCCUGAAGCUGUUAGGACACUACUUAAGAAGCGCGGUAUCAAAAUCGAAAAUGGUUAUUGGACGCGAAACUGGCAGCCACUCGUUGACGAUGGCGGUGACUACCGUAUACAGUCGACGCUCCACCUGCCCUAUAUUCGAUCUUCCGACUACGGAAUUUACGCGUUCGUGAUGAUGAUCGAGAAGUACCAAUUAGUUGCUACUCUUAAAUCGGUGAUGGUUAUGUCGUCGGAGAAUAUCAUUGACAUAGCAAAAAAUGAAUCAACAAGCGCUUUGCCCUGCCUCUUAAACCCAGUCAACUGUUUCACCUACAGCAUAUUAUGGUAUCGAGAUGGAAUCUUACAAUCACAUUUAAACAAUUCGCGCGAGCUACGGAUCACUGAAGUCGGGUGGACUUCAGCCAUAUGGACCUGCGCUGUCUUCGCUGAAGAACUUGAAGGCGAACUUAGCUUAACUAGCUAUCAAGUACGCACGGUCUCAUUUAUCGUUUUCUUCCGCGAUCUGUUGCUACCACAAUAUCAGAUUGGCCUGAUCGCGUUUGGCGGUGUUGUUGCUGUGAGUCUCUGCACUUGUGCACUUUGGCCCAGCGGCGAAGAUGAGGAACCGAUGUCCGAUGAGAUGUCAAGUCGUAUUGAGAGGCAGUCCGGUGGUUCGCUGGUGGAGAGCCGCUUUGAUACUUGGAGCUUUCUAUAGAUAUUGUUCGUACCUGAACAAAUUAAAACAUGGGACAUGGA